UUCAUUCUUAUCCUGAAGUAUCUCUUUUCAUUUUUCACGCACCUCUCUUAUCUCCGUCCUCUCACAUUUUUCGCUUUUCAUUUUCUAGACUUCUUUUAACAGUAGCAUUAAUCUUUAUUCUCUCUAUUUCUUGAUGAUUUCGCAUUCAUAUAUCAUAGAAUCACAUCUUCGUUUUUGUCUUGCGAGUUUUCUCCAACUCUAAACAUCAUCCUCUGCUAGGGUUUCGCAUUCAUCUUUAUUCUCCAUGAUUUCCUUCCUAUUUUCACCUCACAUUUUCCAUCGAUUAAAACACAUUUUCUCCCUUCGUUCCUCAUUUAUAAGGUUCAAUCUCGCUUUUCAACCGAUUAAUCGGUUCACCUAGGGUUUCCUUCCCUUUCUAUUGCUGCAGUUUGUGGCAAGAGUGUUACGAAACCUCCAUCGAGUGAAUCAGUUUCUCCGAAGGCAAGAGCGUGUUGCCUGCUUCCUCUGAUGAGAGCUUCCGGGUCACGAGCCAAUCGAAGAGGAUGGACAAAACCCGUGGCUUAAUCCUUGGAGGUUCUCGGAGAAGCCCGAAACCGACAAAAUUGGUGCCAAAGCAUAAAAGGAGCAAGUUUGCAGCUUGUUCAAUUGCUGUAAAGAAGUACAUCGAUCAAAGUACAACUAUCCUCCAUGUGCAGGGAGUGAGAAAAAAUUGGAAAAAUAUGAGAAGUUGCUAAAACUGCAAUAUUGAAUCAAUGUCACAAGCGCUUAAAAGCUUCAACAAACAUGCUAGGGAACUCGUUACUCGUCUUCAGAAGAUUGAUGGUGAUAACUAUCCUGAAGUAUUUCUUACCUUUUCUACUUUGGCUAAAAUUUUAUUGUGAAUAAAUAUCAUGGAUUACUGAGUAAUAUUACGCACAUGGUUUCUUCAUUGCAGACCUUGAACCGCAUGUUUAUCAUCAAUGCAGGUUCUGGAUUCAGAAUGUGGAACACCGUAAAAUCAUUCCUUGAUCCUAAGGCCACGGCAAAAUUCAAUGUUCUUGGCAACAAGUUUGACACCAAAUUGCUAGAAAUAAUUGAUGCAAGUCUUUCUAUAGAACUGGCGAAAGGUUAUUGAAAAGGAAAAUCUUCUUACAUGUAGAUCUAUGUUUGCGUCGGUGUGCCUCUGCUGCAGCCAAUGAUAACAAGUCCUACGACCUGUUCUCUAUGGCCAAUCAUGAUUCUGAAUUGGAUCAUCUCAGAGACUAUAAAGGAAAUUAUUCCUUUAAUUCAAAAGAAAAUUGAGCAUCAGAGUUGGGGUUGCUGAAGAAAAAGCUGCAGUUCUAAAUGCAGCAUUGACUGUAAAAGAUAUACUUCUAAAAUCAGGGAUUAAAGAUAAACUUGAUGACUCAGAUCAAAGAACCCCUGGAUGGAAAUUCAAUUUCUGGGAAAUGAAGGGAGUUCCUCUUAGAAUUGAAAUUGGUCCUCGUGAUGUGGCUAGUGGAAGUGUGGUAAUAUCAAGGAGAGAUAUCCCUGGGAAGCAAAGAAAAGUGUUUGGAAUCUCUAUGGAACCUUCGAAUUUGGAGGCUUAUGUUAAAGACAAGUUAGAUGGGAUACAUUCGUCCCUUUUGGAAAGAGCAAUUGCAUUGCGAGACAGUAAUAUCGUCCAAACAUAUAGAGAUGGAGGCUGAGUUAAUGCAAGCAAGUAUCACAGUCAAAUUGAAAGCCUAGGUACUUAACAAAUAGGACCAAAUUUGAUACUAAGCAUCGCGAUCACAAGUCAGUAUAUAAAGGAGUCGAGGUACUCGCACAAGAAGGAACUGACAUGAAUAUUAAGCAUGUCUGAGAAUAUACACAGAAUGGUAACAAGAGGAAUGACCAUUGAUUCCAAUUACGUAGUAGAUGUUGAUGAAAAUGGAAUGACAAAUGGAAUGACACAAAACUAUGGACUUCAGCAUCAAUCUAGUCACUCUCACAAUUUCAUUUGGAGCAAUUAUUUGGAUUUGGUUUGGUAUCCAUAUCUUCCAAUCUCAUAUAUACAAGUUCCACUUCCCAGUACUAAUGUAAGCUCAUUAGAAGAGAAUAUAAGAAUGGGUCCCCGAAGAAGAAGAAGACAUCACCGUAGAUUUCUCGAUCAGCAAUAUCGUGCGCAAGACAUCAGAGGUCACUCGAAUUUUCAUUCUUACGGAACUGCUUCACCGUAUAGAGUUCCAGAAACAACAAAUCAUUCAAGAAGUUCUUCAAUGCCCAUACAAAAUGCACCUAAUAGAGACAACAUGCAUAAUCUUCAUCCUCCCGCAUUUCGUGAAUUUCCUUCGUAUAUGCUCAUGGACACUGAUGACAUGUCAAACGAGACACUUUAUAUUGUGCAAGAGUUUUCUUCAUUAGGUGACCCUUAUAGUGAUAUGCGUUUGGACAUUGAUGGCAUGUCAUAUGAGGAACUUCUUGAGUUAAGUGAAUGGAUAAAUGAUAAUUCGGAAAGGGGUUUGUCAGAAGACAUUAUUACAAGAUAUAUGCAGACAAAAAGUUAUCUAUUACAAGAGAACUUGGAGAAUCAGGAAUAUGAAAUUUGCAUAAUAUGUCAGGAUGAAUAUAAAAAUAAAGAGGAGAUUGGAAUUCUUCAAUGCGGACAUGAAUAUCAUGCAGAGUGUGUAAAGAGAUGGUUACAUGAGAAAAAUGUUUGUCCCAUGUGCAAAUCAACAGGAUUGAUUAUUGAAUAGAUACAAAAAAUUAAAACUACAUAAUUCAUUAUUUUAGUGAAUUCAUAUUUUUUUUUUAGAUUGUU